AUCUGCUAGGGUCUGUGGGCAUUAACGAAGCCCGCGCCGUGCUGUGCCCCUACACCUCCAUGAGAUGCCACCGACCCCAGCAGCAGCCUGCAGUCCUCCACCGGAGCAGCAACUGGCACCAGCUGCAAAGAGACGAGUCGAUCCUUCCCCUAUCACUCCUGAGCAAGUAGAGUCGGCAGAUAAGCCGGCUGGGUGAUGUGUCGAAGGCGAGGUGCAGGCACCACGACCUUCUCCCCUUCUUCCACCGCCUGCAGCCUCCUGCAGCCGCCUUGCUGCAACGAUGGCAUGGUUUUGCCAGAAAACCAUGAAAGGCAACGGGACUCUGGCGAGCGAUGGUGAGGCUGUUCUGUUCCCAGCCCCUGUGGCAGCUCGGGUUUAUGUGAAUUUUCACGGCUCUUUCCUCCUGUUGUUAACAGGCGAGGCCAGCGUGGUUUUCUCCCCGCCGCCCCCCCCGCCAGCGGGUGCCCUCCCGCGAGCAGGCUGCUCUAAAUAAGGCAAUGGUCACUGUGUCAGUAAUCCCCUCUUCCAGGGACCUGCAAACACCAGCGGUGGGACAUUCUUUCUGUUCAGAUGUCUAGCUGACGUCUGAUGCUUAAAACAGAGCAUGCUUUCAUCCCUUCGUGCAUUGUCGUAAGCCCCCGGUGAUCACUCUUAAAAGGGUGCCUCAGCUACUCAGGGAAACAGUUGCUGACCAAACGAGACACGGCGUGCCUGAUCCAGCCCUCGUGAAUGCCUGAUCCUUUCAGUUUUGUACCAGCCUGACCAAACGGGACCAUGUCUACCUUUGGCUACAGAAGAGAGCUCAGCAAAUAUGAGGACAUUGACGAAGACGAGCUCCUCGCUUCUCUCACUGAAGAGGAGCUGAAGGAGCUGGAGCGGGAGCUGGAGGACAUCGAGCCCGACCGUAACCUUCCCGUAGGACAACGGCAAAAGAGUCUGACAGAGAAAACACCCACAGGGACUUUCAGCAGGGAAGCGCUGAUGGCCUACUGGGAGAGGGAGACCAGAAAACUCUUGGAAAAAGAGAGGCUGGGUGCAUGCGACAAGGAAUCAGAGCAAGAAGAUGACAAUUCAGAAGACAUUCAAGAAGAAUAUUUCACAGAAAGCAACAGUGAAGUGUCUGAGGAGGCAUAUACUGAAGGGGAUGAUGAAGAGGAAGAAGAAGAGGAGGAGGAAGAUGAAGAUGACAGUGAUGAUGAGGAUGAUGAAAAGCAAAAUGCUGCAGCUGGUGAAACACCUGUGAAUUGUGAGGAUGGCAGGAGUUCUGACCAUACGAGACACAAGAAGAGUAACAGUGUGAAGGACAGUGAAAAUUUGCUCAAUGGCCACGAUGGGAAAGACACCGACAAUCUGAGCUUUAAAAGCAGUGCCAUCCACCCCUGUGGAAACCCAACUGUUAUUGAGGAUGCUUUGGAAAAAGUUCGGAGCAAUGACCCAGACACCACAGAAGUGAAUCUAAAUAACAUUGAAAACAUCACUUCGCAGAUGCUUAUACAGUUUUCUCAAGCCCUGAGGGACAACACUGUAGUCAAGUCAUUCAGCUUGGCUAACACACACGCUGAUGACAAUGUCGCAAUAGCAAUUGCUGGUAUGUUAAAGGUAAAUCAGCAUAUAACUAGUCUGAAUAUUGAGUCAAAUUUUAUCACAGGCAAAGGAGUGCUGGCCAUCAUGAGAGCUUUGCAGCAUAACAAGGUUCUAACAGAGUUACGGUUCCACAACCAAAGGCAUAUCAUGGGCAGCCAGGUGGAAAUGGACAUAGUUAAACUGUUGAAAGAGAACACCACUCUGGUCAAGCUCGGAUACCACUUUGACCUUGCUGGCCCAAGAAUGAGCAUGACAAGUAUUCUGACAAGAAAUAUGGAUAAACAAAGGCAAAAGCGUAUGCAGGAGCAACGGCAGCAAGAGUCUGGUUGUGAUGGAGCCAUCAGCCCAAAGACCAAAGUCUUGCAGAAGGGGACUCCUCGUUCCUCACCUUAUACGUCACCCAAGAGCUCACCUUGGUCCUCUCCAAAGCUCCCUAAGAAAGCACCGCCAGCAAAAAGUCAGCCACCAGCUCCUGCACCCCCACCUCCACCCCCACCCCCUCCUCCCCCUCCUCCCCCUCCGCCUCCCCCAGUUAUUCCAGAGAAGAAGGCACCAACCAGGAACAUAGCUGAAGUCAUCAAGCAGCAAGAAAGCUCAAGAAAAGCCUUACAGAAUGGACAGAAAAAGAAAAAAGGCAAAAAAAGCAAAAAACAUGAGAACAGCAUAUUGAAAGAAAUUAAAGAUUCUCUAAAAUCGGUCUCAGACAGAAGAUCAGAAGAAGGCUCCCAACCCUCCACCCGACCCUCCACCCCACAGAGGUCUCUCCAUGACAACCUUAUGGAAGCAAUUCGAGCAAGCAGCAUAAAACAAUUAAGGCGGGUGGAGGUACCAGAAGCCCUUCGGUGAAAGCCUGGAUGACAGAAGAAGCAAAGCACGGCAGUGGUCAAGGGGAGGCUGUUGGGCUGUUUACCAGUGUUAAAAUAGACUCUGUAGCAAGCUGCUUCCUAAGUACCCUCUUAGAUUUGAACCGUUUCCCUUUUCCUUUCAAAGAAAUAAACCCACUAACUACUAAACAAUGCUUUAAGGAUACAUUUGCCUUAUAAUCUGUAAAUAUGGAAAUAAUUCUCUUUUUUAUUUAAUAAGAUUUCUAUUGAAAAAUUGCUGCUUCUUUAGAUAUUCUUUUCGAUAUCUGAUUGCAAAUCACUGGACAAC